AUGAACAUUUUAAUUUUACUAUUCAUUGGAUUUUCAUUAUCAAAACAAUGUAAUGACUAUAAACAAGGGUAUGAAAUAGAUACAGUUGAUAGUGCAUUUGAAUGUAUUGAAUCAAUUAAAACAACAGAAAAAGAAAACAGUGAUAUUAUUAAUGGAUUAAAAUAUUAUUUAGAAUCAUAUGUUUUUAAAGAUAUAUUAAAGAAUCCACCACAACCAGCAUUCUCAGAUGAUUAUUAUAAUAAAAUUGAUAUUGAUUCAGAAUUAAAUAAAAUAAAUGUAAGAACAACAAGUAUGUAUGAUUUCUAUUCUCAAAUUAAAAACUUUAUUGUUUCAACAAGAGAUUCUCAUUUAAGUUUUGGUGUGGAUUAUACUGUUUAUAAACCAAAUUUAAUCCUAAAGGUAUUAGGCAGUUUCCUUCCAUUUUCAAUAUACAUUAAUGAUGAUAAGAAAAUGUAUUUACAUCAAAGAAGCACGACUGGUGGUAUUUCUGUUGAUGUUCCACAAGAAGUGAUUAAUAAUGAAAAUGUAGCAGUUAAAACAAUUAAUGGAGAAGAUCCAUUUGAUAUUAUUCGGAAAUUUGGAAAGAAAUACAUAGGAUUUAAAUCUCCACAUGCACAAUUUGAAAAAGCAUGUUCAACAUUUGUUUUUGCCAUAUUAGAAGAAAUACCAUUAACAAAAGAAUAUUUAAAUACACCAAUAACUAUUAUAUGGGAAAAUGGAGAAAGUGUAAGUGUUACAUAUUCUAUAUUAAAGCUACCAUUAUCGAGUAUAUCAAUGAAAAGACCACUUCAGAUGAAGCAACUUAAACAAAGAUUUGAGCCAAGGAUAACAUUAGAAGAAAUAAAAUCCGAAAAUGAAAUGAUUAAAAGAAUGAAAAGAGAAGAAGGAAUAAACCAAUAUUAUGCUUCAAAGGAUGAUAGUGUAUAUUGUUCUUCUUCAAGUAAUAUUAAUAAACUUGAAAUUUUUUCAUUUAAUCCUGAAAGUAGCUAUAUAAAAUCAUAUGAAGAAACAAUUUCAAAAUGUAUUGAUUUAUUUGAUUCUAAUGAUUAUCCAAUUCAAGUAGUAUUCUCAACGAAUGAAGAAGAAAAUGUAAUUUAUUCACAGUGGAUAGAAAAGAUAUUAUCACCAUAUGAUGAUGUUGAUAUGAUUGUUUCUGGGAGAAUAUCAAAUUUUACAGAAAGUGUAAUGAAAAGAGAAUAUGGAAAUAUUUUAGAUGACCCACACAUAUGUAAAGUAAGAGAAAGGUAUGUAAGUCCAGAAGUACUUGGAGAAUGGUAUACAAAUCCAAAUAUUAUUAAGUAUGAUGAUGUUGAACAUAAAGUUUCACAACCUUCGGUUAUGAAAUGGGAACCAAUGAAAUUAAUGAGAAAACCAAGAAAACCAACAGC